AUGAGCUUGGGUGCUUUGAUGAGAGAGAAGGAAAGAUCUUCUCAAGUACAUAUCCCCAAGGAUAUAGAUUGGCAAAUGCUUGAUAAAUCGAGGUUUUUUUUCCUCGGCGCCGCUCUCUUCUCCGGUGUAUCCACCGCUCUUUACCCUAUCGUAGUCCUCAAAACAAGGCAACAAGUCUCCCCGACCCGCGUCUCCUGCACCAACAUUUCUCUGGCAAUCGCUAGACACGAGGGUCUAAGAGGGUUUUACAAGGGCUUUGGGACAUCUUUGCUUGGAACCAUCCCGGCUCGUGCUCUCUAUAUGUCAGCUCUAGAGAUCACCAAGAGCAUUGUAAGUCAAGCCAGUAUUAGGUUAGGAUUGUCGGAUACAACUGCUAUGGCUGUGGCCAAUGGUGCAGCCGGUUUGACCUCAGCCGUGGCUGCUCAAAUCGUCUGGACCCCGAUUGAUGUCGUGAGCCAACGGCUUAUGGUUCAAGGCGAUCUGUCUUUGAAUUCUUGCAGAUACACAAAUGGGUUCGAUGCUUUUAGAAAGAUACUUUACACAGAUGGACCAAGAGGGUUCUACAGAGGAUUCGGGAUCUCAAUCUUGACUUACGCGCCUUCAAACGCAGUUUGGUGGGCAUCCUAUUCUUUGGCUCAAAAGUCGAUUUGGUCUCGAUUCAAGCGUUCAUAUGGCCGCAAGGAAGAUACUACUGGCUCAAUGAUGGUUCAAGGGGUAAGUGCAGCCAUGGCAAGCGGUUGCUCGGCUUUAAUAACUAUGCCGAUAGACACAAUCAAGACGCGGUUGCAGGUCUUAGACGCAGAAGAGAACGGGAGAAGACAAGCAAUGACAGUGAUGCAGUCAGUGAAGAGCUUGAUGAAGGAAGGAGGAUUUGGGGCUUGUUACAGAGGGUUAGGACCAAGGUGGGUCUCAAUGUCGAUGUCCGCAACAACAAUGAUCACAACCUACGAAUUCUUGAAGCGCCUUGCCACAAAGAAACAGAAAUGA